UUACAAGUAUUUUAUUCAAAUAACUUGGUGAUAUAAAAAGUUUCUAACACUAACCAUAUAUAAAGGAGAGAAAAAAAAAGAAGGAAAGAUUAGUGCAUGAAGCAAAGUCGGCUACUGAAACUUGACGAAGAAGAAACAUAUUAGGAGUAGCAUAGUAUUACUACUAAAACAAGGAUUUCCUGGUUCUAAAUUCAAUAAAACCUCUCCACAAAAGCCUAUAUAUCUCCACGAGAAAGAAGAGAAAAAGAAGAAGAAGAAGGCGAAACAAAAAACAAACCACAAAGAUGCCAGUCCGACAAGCCCCCGUCGAGAAGAAACUCACCAUUCAUCCGAAGCCUCCUCCAAAGCCUCUACUCUCUUCUGACUCUGACUCUGACUCUGACUCUGACUCUGACUCUUCUGAUUCCGAUUCCGACUUAGACCAACCCUUACCCCCACCUCAACCUUUACUCCAGCCUCAACCUUUACCUCGGGCUCGGGCUCGGGCUCAGGCCUUACCCCAGGCUCAGGCUCAGGCUUUAACUCGGGCUCAAUUCUCUUCGGAUUCUGAUACUUCUGAUACUUCUGAUUCUGACUCCGACUCUGAUCCUGACUUAGACCAACCCUUAUCCCGGGCUCAAUCCUUAACCCCGGCUCAACCCUUACCCGGGGCUCAAUCCAUAACCCGAGCCCAACCCUUAACCCGGGCUCAACUCUCUUCUGAUUCUGACUCUGACUCCGAUUCUGACUUAAACCAACCCUUACCCCGGGCUCAACCCUUACCCGGGGCUCAAUCCAUACCUCGGACCCAACCCUUAGCCCGGGCUCAACUCUCUUCUAAUUCUGACUCUGACUCCGAUUCUGACUUAGACCAACCCUUACCCCGGGCUCAACCCUUACCCGGGGCUCAAUCCAUACCCCGGACCCAACCCUUAGCCCCGGCUCAACUCUCUUCUGAUUCUGACUCUGACUCUGAUUCCGACUCCGACUCCGACCAAGCCCAACUCACAAUCAAGCCCAGUGUCCCAUUAAAGAGACCCCAAGAGACACAAACCGAGCCGAGUAAUAAGAGGAUCAAGAUUUGGGAAUUACUAAAGAAAAAAAAGCCUCCACACAAGUGGAUUGAAGAAGACCAGAUAACUUUACUUAAUGGUUUGAUUGACUUCAAGUCCACGCAUGGAAAAGGCCCUUAUAAUGCUUAUGUAGAUAUGUGGAGUUUCCAUCACUACAUCCAGAAAAAAUUGAAAGCUGAUCAACUUAAUAAGUGGCAGGUCACUGAUAAGGUUAGGAGAGUGAAAAAGAAGUUUUUUGCUAAUUUGGACAAGAAAGGUGAUCAUCAAGAUCCUGUUUUCUCUAAUCCUCAUGAUUAUUUAGUCUUUGAGCUUUCAAAGAAACUGUGGUCUAAUGACUAUUUAGUUAAUGAAUUUACAAAGAAAACAUAUGGUGAGACUAGUGGAGUUAAAAAUACUACUGAUAAAGUUGACAUCUUUACUAAGAAAGAGGAAGGUGAAUUGGAUAUUCAGUCAAAGUAUCCCCUUUUGGCUGCAAAUUUUGAUAUUGGUUAUUUGUGUUCAAUAAAUAAGGAUGUUGUGGAUAUUAUGAAGAGGAAUAUGAGUUUGAUUGGUGGUGAAAAGAUGAGGGAUUUGGAAGAAAAAUUGAAGAAACUAAAGGAUGAAGAAGAUGAAUUGAAGCUAAAGAGAGAAGAUUUGAUUAGAGAGAAUUAUGAAUUGUUUGAGGCAAUGUGAGGUUAUUAGUAGAUGUUGAGGGCUUGUGCUUUUUUCUCUUUUUUGGUGCAAAAAUUAAAGGCCCUUAUGGCUGUUUUUUUUAUUUUAUCGAGCUUUUAGAUUUUGUUUUCUAUUUUAAGAAGAUUUGACUAGGAUGAUUACUAGUUGGUGUUUGAGGCAAUGAAAUUGAUGCUUGUGUUGUCCUCUGCAAAAAGUUAAGAGGCAUUUUGGCAGUAAUUUUAUGAAGCUUUCAGAUUUUGUUUCUUAAAUUUUAAGAUUUGACUAGGAGGAUUAAAAUUGGUGUUUUGACGCGAU